AUGACGACUCCGGUCUAUAACCCUCCCGCUCAUGUCAAAGAUGGCAGCGAAAGAACCAGCGAUGAAAAGGCACUCGAGGCUGGACAUCUAGAGUCGCAACCACCACAUCUUGCAGGCUUGCCUCCGGAUCCAGAUGUGGACCUUACCGCAGAAGAGAAAGCUGAAGUUGAUCGCAAGCUCUUGUGGAAGCUUGACCUGACGCUUAUCCCGUGGCUAUGUAUUCUUUAUCUCCUUGCCUUUCUCGACCGGACGAAUAUCGGGAAUGCGAAGAUCGACCAUUUACAGGCGGAUCUUCACCACAUGUCAACGGGGAAAUACAAUGCAGCGCUUUCGAUUUUCUUCGUCUCUUAUGCCGUGUUUGAACCCCUCACCAACAUUGCGUUAAAGAGGUUUCGGCCCUCGAUAUUUAUCCCCCUCAUAAUGGUUAUUUGGGGUCUUUGUAUGACAUUCAUGGGAUUUGUCACAAAUUGGUCUGGAUUAAUGGCAGCUCGCUGGUUCCUCGGUCUCGCAGAAGCUGGUCUAUUCCCCGGGAUCAACUAUUACCUCAGCUGCUGGUAUAAACGUUCUGAAUUCGGUAUUCGCGCCGCCAUCUUCUUCUCCGCCGCCGCUGUAUCUGGAUCCUUCGGUGGUCUCCUCGCAGCCGCAAUCGUCAAAAUGGAUGGUCUAGGCGGACGCCCUGGGUGGGCGUGGAUUUUCAUCCUCGAAGGCAUCGUAACGGUUCUCUUCGGCAUCGCUUCUGUUUGGUUCGUGCAUGACUUCCCUGAUCUCGCGACAUUUCUCUCGGAACAAGACCGCGCGCGUGUCGUCCGCAGAUUGAAGAUGGAUCAGCAGUCUUCAGCUGAACAUGAGGAGUUCAAGAUGAAGUAUGUUUGGAUGGCGAUUAAGGAUUACAAGAUGUGGCUUGGCAUGAUCAUUUACAUGGGCUGCGAUAUGCCUCUUUACGCCUUCUCUCUUUUCCUACCUAGCAUCAUAUCCGAGCUUGGAUAUAGCAACGUUAAAGCACAACUUCUCAGCGUUCCUCCAUAUGCUGCGGCAGCUAUCCUGACGGUCGUCAUCGGAUACGUAGCCGAUCGAACAAAGAGGCGCGGUCUUUGCAACAUCGGCGUCUCUCUCAUCGGUAUAGUAGGUUUCUCUAUGUUGCUCGGAAGCCAGAAAGUAGGUGUGAAAUACGCUGCAGUCUUCCUAGGUGCACUGGGUAUUUACCCCUGCAUCGCCAAUACCAUAACUUGGGUCAGUAAUAACGCCGAAGGAAGUUAUAAGCGCGGGGUUGUUCUCGGUUUCGUGAUCGGCUGGGGAAAUCUGAACGGGAUCGUCAGCAGUAACAUAUUCCAGAAAGCACCGAAGUAUGUCUCGGGCCAUGCUACGAUUCUAGGGUAUAUGAUUGUGUUUUUACUUGGAGGCAGUAUUGUGCUUGAUUUGUUGCUGGUGAGGGAGAAUAAGAAGAGGAGAGACGGGAGGAGGGAUCAUUGGGUGGAGGGGUUGAGUGCCAAGGAGUUGGAGGCGUUGGGAGAUAUGAGGCCGGAUUUUAUCUAUACUUUAUAA